AUGUUUUUGCACAAUAUUUGCAGAUGUAGUGGGAAGUUCAAACCUGUUAGACUAUUCUGUUCACUUUCAGUUCCUGAUAUUGAUAUAGGAUAUUAUUGCAAUGUAAAAAAUACAAAUGAAAUUAAACAUAACAUUAAAGUUAGAAAAGGUGUAGGUGAUAUUGAUCGAGUCUUAAAUUUGUACAAUACAUUAAAGUUAACUCCAUCCAGUAAUAAUUUAUAUACAACUUUAAAAUUAAAAUUGUAUGAAGAAUUAAGUAAUUUACCAAAUAAAACACAUCCAACUGUACUAAAUUAUAGUGAAGAUCCACAAGUAAUACAUGAAAUCAAUCAAAGAAGGGAAUUUGGCACAUUUACACCAUUAGAAUUUAGCGAAAUAACAGAGAGAUUAAACUUAAUGAGAACUGAUAAGUUAGGACACACUUGUGGAAAUAAAAGUUAUUACUAUUUUGGUGAUUUAGCAGAAUUAGAGGAGGCUUUAAUUAAGUAUACAGUUAAUACAUUACUGAGCAAAAAUUUUUUACUUAUAUCUGUCCCUGAUAUUUUGCCAAGUAACUUAUUAAAAAGUUGUGGCAUGGCAGUCAAUAGUGAACGAACGCAGAUAUAUUCUUUAGAUCCUGCUUAUCAUGGACAUGAUAUGUAUUUGUCUGGCACAGCUGAAAUAGCUUUGGCUGGACUAUUGGCAAAUUCAGUUCAUCAUAUAGAAAAACUUCCUUUAAAAUUAGCUGCAGUAAGUAGAUGCUAUCGAGCAGAAACAUCCAAUGUAAAUGAGGAGAGAGGGACAUACAGAGUUCAUCAGUUCACAAAAGUUGAGAUGUUUGCAAUAACUACCACUCAACAAUCAGACGAUAUGCUGGAGUACAUAAGAAAUGUUCAAGAAGAGCUAUUUUCACCACUGGGGAUUCAUAUGAGAGUUUUAGAUAUGCCACCUCAUGAAUUAGGUGCACCAGCCUAUCGGAAAUAUGAUAUUGAAGCUUGGAUGCCUGGACGCAAUUCUUAUGGGGAAAUAUCUAGCUGCAGCAACUGCACUGAUUACCAGUCUAGAAGACUUCAUAUUAAAUACAAAGACUUUGAUGUAGAAAACUAUGUCCACACACUAAAUGGAACAGCUUGUGCUAUUCCAAGAAUGCUAAUUGCAUUGCUCGAAACACACCAAGAUCCAAGAGGGAAAAUUAAUAUUCCUCAAGUGUUGCAGCCAUUCAUGAAUGGAAAAAAAGAUAUUGUUAAAAAUACCAAAGUACCAAAAUUAAAAUUGAGAAAGUAA